AAUUGUCUUACUGAAUUUGUGUAUAUUUCAGAUUUAACUCAUUUAGAAGAAUGAUAACUUAGACAACGUGUUCAUUGAUCACAUUGAUGUUCUUCUGUCAGGGAUCAACCUCUCUCAACUCUACCCUCCCCCUGGCAUCCAACCAUCAUUUAAUCUUGAACCCACUCCUUCCUUGUAUUGUUCUACCCUGAGUAUCGGUAUCGUAGGUUUCAUACCAACUCCCUUUUCUAAUUUGAUGUUGCCCUAUCCCUCGUAUAUUCUGCAUCCUCUGGUACUCUUGAGAGCUCCCAGUAUCCUCUAGUUCCCUGAGAAUUCCCUGUUUCCUCUAGUACCCUGAGAGCUACCGCAUCCUUCAGUACCCUGAGAACUACCUGCAUCCUCUAGUACCCCUUUUACCUGAGAGCUACCUGCAUCCUCUAGUACCCUGAGAGCUACCUGGAUCCUGUAGUACCCUAAGAGCGCCCUGCAUCCUCUAGUUCCCUGAGAAUUCCCUGCAUCAUCUAGUACCCUGCGUGCUACCUGCAUCCUCUAGUACACCUGAGAGCUACCUGCAUCCUCUAGUACCCUGAGAGCUCCCUGCAUCCUAUAGUACCCCCUUCACCUGAGAGCUCCCUAUUUCCUGUAGUGAACCCUGAGCUAACCCUCCUCUCUGCUUGAGAAUGUGGAGCACUGCCAAGAUGGCUCCGGUGUCAACAGGAAGUGCAAAAAGUCUGGGGAUGACUGCUCCUAUCUCCAGUGUAGGACCUGAACCAAGGGAUCUUCAGCUUUCAAUAGAGCUACAAGAUGCGCUCAGACCCCAUGAUGUAUUUGAAACAGAUGAAGAAUUAAACAAAAGGAUGGAAGUACUCAGUAGACUCAAUGAUCUCGUUAAAAAGUGGAUUAAGGACACAAGUGUAGAGAAAAGUAUGCCUGAGAAUAUUGCUGCUACCGUGGGAGGAAAAGUUUACACAUUCGGUUCCUACCGUCUUGGUGUGCACAACAAAGGCGCGGAUAUAGACACUCUGUGCGUAGCGCCGCGUCAUAUUCUCCGUGAGGAUUAUUUUUCCACCUUCCUUGACCUUCUCCGAACCCGGGAGGAGGUGAGUGAACUACGCGCUGUCCCCGACGCGUUUGUCCCCGUGAUAAAGUUUAGUUUCGACGGCAUUGACAUUGAUUUGACAUUUGCGCGGCUAGCGUUGAAGGAAGUAAGUGAGAAGCAGGAUCUAAGUGAUCCAAUGCUCCUGAAAAACCUGGAUCAGAAGUGUGUCCGGAGUUUAAACGGUUGCAGGGUGACAGAUGAGAUCCUGAGACAGGUUCCUGAUGUAGAGAACUUCCGGCUUACACUCAGAUCUAUAAAACUGUGGGCAAAGAAGCACGGUGUGUACAGUAACGUACUCGGGUUCCUGGGAGGUGUAUCCUGGGCUAUGUUGACCGCCAGGGUAUGCCAGCUGUAUCCCAACGCUGCUCCCUCAACCCUGCUACAGAAAUUUUUCCUCGUCUACCUGAAAUGGCAGUGGCCGCAGCCGGUACUUCUCAAGAAACCUGAAGAUUUUGGACUGGGGUUUCCAGUGUGGGAUCCAAGAUUUAACGUUGCAGACAGGUUUCAUAUAAUGCCAAUUAUCACCCCCGCCUACCCCCAGCAAAACUCCACCUUUAACGUGACCCAGAGCACCUUGAAGGUGAUGCAGGAGGAGUUCAAAUCCAGUCUAGUAAUCUGUGAAGAGAUUAUGGCAGGCAAAUGUGGUUGGAAUAAGCUGUUUGAACCUCCAAACUUCUUCGCUAAAUAUCGUCAUUUCAUUGUCCUGGAGGCUAGCAGUAUUUGUGAAGAGGAUCAACUACAGUGGAUGGGUUUAGUGGAAAGCAAGGUUCGGCACCUGAUCUCUAGCCUUGAGCGGGAAAACAUCAGUUUGGCUCACGUCUGGCCUAAAACCUACUGCGGAGCGACAGAGAGCACUGCUAAGACGACCUGCUACUGGUUUGUUGGGCUCCUAGUUGGAGGCUCAGCCGGGGCUCAUCUCGACCUCACUUCUCCCAUCAAGAACUUCACAGAUAUUGUUAUGCGCUCCGCGAUACAGAUAAACGUUUGGAAGACAGGGAUGAGGAUAGAGGCGUACUACAAGAAAAGGAAAGCGCUCUCCGCCUACCUUCCUCCUGAUGAGCACUGGAAACUUAAAUCAGAAAGAAAAUCCUCCGUCGUUUUAAAUUCAAUUAACGGAGGUCCGGCCACUAAGCGGACACAGGAGGAAACAGGAUCACCGCAACCUCCGAAGAGAAUGAACAGCGGCACGGAGACCUUAGUGGAUGUGGACGCGGAGGUCAGCAACCAGGGUGUAGAGACCAGCAGCCAGAACCUUGAGGCUAACAGUGAAAUGGAAGACACAGACUUCUCUAAGAUCGGAGCUGCUGAUAUCACCGAUACGUCCCAGGGUUUGGAGGCACUGGUCUCAUGAAUUCUAUAGAAAGCUCAACCCCUCUGAAUUAAUGAAUGCGAUAGAAAAAAAUUUGGGGAUUUUUUAUUUUGUUAUCGCUUUGAAUAACUUUGUACUGUAUCCUGGUCAAAUAAUUCAUUUACAAUACAUAAAUACCUGACCUGAGUUUAUAAUGGGGAUUAACAAUACAGUUUCGCUGUAAACUAUUGUUGUUGUUUUACCUCUUCCACUUAGUAAAUUAUUAUUAUCACCGACAUUUUUUUUCUAACUUUCUGUUCCUCGUUGUCUAUUUUGUUAUUUUACGCACUUAAAUGUGGCCUAAACUAGCAACUGCACUGAAAUAGUUAAAUCAAUAUUACUCACCACCUCGUGACUUUGUCAUUAUUUUAUCAGCCAGUGUAAUAAUCAUUGUUAAAAUGUUCUUGUGUACACAAACUGUUGUCUUCCCAUAGUCCAAAAAAAAUGCAACUGAACUUAAAUCAGUUAUAAUUUCAGUUUUAAAAUUGGGAAAAUUUAUGUUUAUUCCAUUAUUGGACUGAAUUGGGAUGGAAAAUUAUUUAUCUUAAGAUCAAUUUUUGCAUUUGAUCAAUUUUAGGAUUUGAAUAUUGAUAAGCCAUUUAAUCAUCAGGAUCAAUCAUUGAUUAAUUGAAAUUUAAGUACUCAAGUACAUUCAAUUUUAUCAUUUUUAUACUCCAUCCAAUUCGAUUUAUAACCAACUCAUGAUUUUGUUUAGUUCUUUUGAACCAAAUAAGUUGUGUUUUCAGGUCAUUUUUUAAUAGUUCCCUGGAAAAUUUAUCAGUUGUGCUGUUUUCUGGUCAUUAUUUAAUAGUUCCCUGGAACAUUUAUCAGUUGUUCUGUUUUCCCGUAAUUAUUUAGUAGUGCCCUGGAACAUUUAUCGGCUCUGAUGUUCCAUUGAAUAUUUAUCAGUUGUGAUGUUCUCUGGUUAUUAUUUGAUAGUUCCCUUGAACAUUUAUCAGCUGUGCUGUUCUCUGGUUAUUGUUUUCUUUAUUAUUUAAACAUUGCAGUACACAUUUAAAUUAUGCUAAUUUGUCAGCCCAUAUAUGUUAAUUCACAGCAUGAAUAUCGAUUUAAUUAUGUGAAGAUGAAACUUUUUCAUUCUCUUCCGACCCACUGCACUGCACAGGAUGGUAAGGAUUGAAAUUUAGAUUUUUAUUUUUAAAAAGCAUCCAAUCCUUGGAAAUGGGAAUAGGGGUGAGUGCGGAGUUUUUAAUUCUCUCGUCUUCAACUCUGUAUUUUUUAGGGGAACUGGCGUGCCAGCCCCAUGUUCAGGAAGUUCAAGGAUAUCUCCUGGAGAACCUCGAGGUCCUUGAUCUAAACCUUGUUCGUGUACAUGACAGCUCUUUGUAAAUCAACUGUAAUUUAUUAUUUACAAUAAAGGAAUUUCUCCCAA